AAUGAAUAUAAAUUGAAAAGUGGUGAUGAUACAUUGCGAGCUGAAAUGAUUGUGCUUAGAGAUACAUUGUCUAUAAAUACUGAGAAUUCUUGCGAGCCACAGGCAGAUAAAUUUAAUGAAUUAGAGAAUAGAAUUGAUAAUGAGUCUAAUGAACUUAUUGCAAGCUUUAAACAAUUGCAAUUAGAUGCCAAAGAUUACUUGAGGUCACUUGAAGAGAAGUCGGAAUCAUCUUAUGAUCUAGGCUUAAAGGUCAAAAAUGCUAGUAAAGUAUGGCAACAAAAUCUACAAACAUUGGCAGUGAAAUUGGCAUCCUCUCAAAGUCGAAUAUUAGAAUUGACAGCAGAAAAAGAGAAACUUGUUAAAGUGAAUGAACAGGAUUCAAAUAGGGUUGCGACUCUGGAAACUGAAAUCAUUCAGUUAAAAGAGGAAUUGAAUAGACAUAAGGAACAUAUUCAGAACCAAAAUGGAGGAGACGAUGUUGAAAAUUGUGCUGCAUCUCAGGAUGAUGAGGAGGAGGAGCAGUUUGUUUAUCCAGUUAAUCCUGAAAAGCAAGAAAUCCCUGAAUCUUCAAGUCAAUCAACUGAGAAUACAUCACAACCUUCACCCAUUAUGGCCACACAAACAAUAUUUGCAAGUGAUACUGACUCUAACACAAGCAGUAAUAGUAGUCGAUCUUCUAAAAAUGAGGAGGAUGCCAUAAGAGAAACACUUAUCAAGAAACAUUAUGAAUCUAAAAUAAGCCAAUUAACAAACCAGUUAAAUUCAGCGGAUCAAAAGACGGUACAAUUACAUAAAUCUCUAAAAGUCAUUCAAGAAAAAUUGGUUGAAUCGGAAAAUCUAAAAUUACGGUCAGAACAAGAAAAUGUGAAAUUACAAAAUGAAUUGUCUCGAUUGAAGGAAAAAUUGAAUGAAGAUCGUGCAAAUUAUGAUAAACAGCUUAAAGAAAUGACGGGGUGGACUGAACAACGGCAAAAUAAGAUUAAGGAAUUAGGUGACGAAUUAUCGGGAUAUGAAGCUGGAACUUCGCGAAAUGAAUAG